GUCAAACGUAGAAAAGCAACCAAAAAGUAGUGACGAACUUACUGCCACGACGAUUUGUUCUCGGUGAAAACACAGUUUUUCCAACAAUUGCUAUUGGAAAAGCUUUCGGCUAUACCUCUGCACCGUGCCCGGUGGUGCAGGCAUUUUUCUGUUAAACAUUUUACCUCUCACAUUCACCGCACACUCAUCUAUUGGCCCCGUUUAUCACGUGUUGAGGUGUUGCGGUUCAUCGGGAAUCGGUGUACGAUGGCCCGGUUUUAAGGGCACUUCACCGUGUGCGGAUCUGUGUGCGUGUUAUCCCAGCUCAUUGCCUUCGGGGCCAAAUCGUUCAAAACGUCCAGGUUGUGAUAAAGCAUUCAAUCCCCAAACCCACCGUGCGCACCGGUUGGCAGGGGUUAGUAUUAAGGAAGGAUCACCGGAAGGGAAACCCGGGCCACAACACAACAGACCACACAACACGCGUCACAAAGAUGGGCUACGAGAAGAAGCAACUCACGAGCAGCGGUAGCGGUUCGCUGGACGAGCUGGUCCACUAUGCCACAAUCCACAUCCCGCUCCCGGUCGUGCUGAGCGGUGCCGUAAUGCCCUUCAUGGUGGUGUAUGCACUUUGGCUGUACUUGUGGGUGUUUGUUUACGGUAUCGAUGAGUACCAGGACGCCGGGUUGCUGUUCCUUGCCGGUAUUGCCUUCACGCAGAUCUUCGUGUGCCUGUGCUGCUUCUGGAGCGUUCACGUACAAACGUUCCUUAACUGCCGCCGAACGAAAGCGCCCUGUGCCGGAGCGGUUGUAAAGGUCGUUCCGACCGAGAAUAAUGGAUCGUCGGAGCUGGUGCGCAUCCGCCAGACAAAGGCUGAGGACGGUGCGAAAGAAGACGGCGAGCUUACGUACUGGUUUCUGUUUCAAAAAACCAAAUACAUCUGGGACCCGAACAAGGCCCUGUUUCGCAGCGUCGAGUUUCCGAUACACCGUACGUACGAGGAGUAUUUCGAGUCGAAGGGUCAUCUGGACGAUGCGGACGUAACGCUCGCGCAGGCCACGUACGGUGACAACGAGAUGGAGAUGGUGGUGCCGGAGUUUCUCGAGCUGUUCAAGGAACGUGCCACGGCACCGUUUUUCGUGUUUCAGAUAUUUUCCGUACUGCUGUGGUGUUUGGAUGAGUACAUGUACUAUUCGCUGUUCACGCUCUGCAUGCUCGUCAUCUUCGAGUGUGUGCUGGUACAGCAGCAGCUCCGAAGCCUGUCGGAGAUCCGUAAGAUGGGCAACAAACCGUACCAAAUCAACGUGUUCCGCAACCGGCGCUGGCGUCCGAUCAGCUCCGCCAAGCUGGUGCCGGGUGAUCUCGUAUCCGUCACACGCUCACAGGACGAAAACAUCGUGCCGUGCGAUCUGCUGCUCAUACGCGGUUCGUGCAUCGUGGAUGAGAGCAUGCUGACCGGUGAAUCCGUUCCACAGAUGAAGGAAUCGCUAGAAAACAACACGGACGAACACGACAAGGUGCUGGACAUUGAGGCGGACGGUAAGCUGCACGUGCUGUUCCGCGGCACAAAAGUCGUACAGCAUUCGGCACCGAGCAAAGGGGCAAUGCGUUCGCCGGACAAUGGUUGCAUCGGGUACGUGUUGCGAACCGGCUUCAACACCUCCCAGGGCAAGCUGCUCCGUACGAUCCUGUUCGGUGUGAAGCGCGUUACCGAGAACAAUUUGGAAACGUUUGCCUUCAUACUGUUUCUGCUCGUGUUUGCAAUUGCGGCCGCCACGUACGUGUGGAUCAAGGGUACGGAAGAUCCGGACAGAAACCGGUACAAGCUGUUCCUGGAGUGUACGCUUAUUCUCACAUCGAUCAUACCGCCGGAUUUACCGAUCGAGCUGUCGCUAGCGGUCAAUACGUCCCUGUUGCAACUGUCCAAGGUGUACGUGUACUGUACGGAACCGUUCCGCAUGCCGUUUGCCGGAAAGGUGCAGAUCUGUUGCUUCGAUAAGACGGGCACGUUAACGAGCGACAAUCUGGUGGUGGAAGGUAUCGCCGGCCUCAAGCAGGACACAUCGAUCGUACCGAUCGAGGAUAUUCCCGAAGAAACAGCGCACGUGCUCGGUUCCUGCCAUUCCUUGGUUCAGCUCGAUGAAGGGCUUGUCGGUGAUCCACUGGAGAAAGCCACCCUAACAGCAAUCGAUUGGAACCUUACCAAGGGUGAUUCAUGUGUUCCGAAGCGUAAAAAAUUCAAAGCCCUACGUAUCUAUCAUCGUUUCCAUUUCUCCUCAUCACUGAAGCGCAUGUCCGUACUGGCCGGCUACGUGAUACCAUUCACGAAUGAAAACUGCUACAUCGGCACGGUAAAGGGUGCGCCGGAAGUGAUCGUAAAGAUGCUAAAAACCGUACCCGAACACUACGAACGAACGUAUCUGGAAUAUUCGCGCCGGGGCGCACGUGUGCUUGCGCUCGGCUACAAAAACUUCGGUACGCUCGACAACAAUACGGUGCGCGAGCUGAAGCGGGACGAUGUGGAGCGUGAUCUAGAGUUUGCCGGCUUUAUCAUCAUCUCCUGUCCGCUGAAACCCGACUCGAAGUACGCCAUCAAGGAGAUCAUACAAGCGUCGCACAAGGUGAUGAUGAUUACCGGUGACAAUCCGCUGACGGCGUGUCACGUCGCAAAGGAACUACGCUUCAGUCGGCGAACGAUCGUAAUUUUAACACCGCCGGAAGAUCUGAACGGUAGCACCGGCAAGGGUGGUGCAAGCGACUGGCACUGGGAGUCAAUCAACCGUGAGGUGCAGCUGCCCGUUGAUGCGCGCACCGUGAAGGAACUGUACCGCGAGUAUGAUUUCUGUAUCACCGGCGAAGGUAUGCAGUUUCUCGACCGGGAACGGCACGCGUACCUGCUGCAGCUGAUACCGUACGCGACCGUCUUUGCACGGUUUGCACCAAAGCAGAAGGAGUACGUCAUCACUACGCUGAAAAAGCUCGGCUACUACACGCUUAUGUGUGGCGAUGGAACGAAUGACGUUGGCGCGCUGAAGCAUGCACACGUCGGUGUGUCCUUGCUGAGCCACAUGCCAUCGCGCUCCGAGCGGAAACAGCAACAGCGGGAACAGCAGGACGAAAAGGAGGACAAGAAAAAGGCACUGAAAGCGGGCGGUCCGAAUGUGGGUGCGAUCGAAGACGGAAACAACCGUCGGCAGCUAACGCCUCGUGAACGAGCGAUAAUGCGUGCGCGUGAAAAUCAAAGUGCGGCCCAGGAACGGCUGCAGAAAGCACUGAAAGAGAUGGACGAAGAGCAGGUGCAGAUAGUGAAGCUGGGUGAUGCGAGUAUUGCCGCUCCAUUCACGAGCCGGUUGACAUCGAUCAAUUGCGUGUGUCACAUUAUUAAGCAGGGCCGUUGCACGCUGGUGACGACGUUACAGAUGUUCAAGAUUCUUGCCCUGAAUGCACUCAUCUCCGCUUACUGCCAGUCGGUGCUGUACAUCGACGGUGUGAAGCACAGCGAUGCACAACUCACCCUGCACGGUUUGCUAACCGCCGCCUGCUUUCUGUUCAUAACGCGUUCGAAACCGUUAAAGGUGCUGUCGAAACAGGCGCCGUUACCGAACAUCUUCAACCUCUACUCGGUUACGACCAUUCUCGCACAGUUUGCGAUCCAUUUCUCCGCACUGAUCUACAUGGUGCACGAAGCCAAUGCACGAUCACCGCCACGGGAAGGAAAAGUGAAACUGAACGUAGACUUGGCACCGGAUGAAAAGCAAGAAUUUGAACCGAACAUCGUUAACAGUACGGUGUACAUUAUCGGUAUUGCAAUGCAAAUUGCCACGGUAGCCGUCAACUACAAGGGCCAUCCGUUUAUGGAGAGUUUGCGGGAAAAUCGAUUGCUUUCGUACGCGAUCUUCAGUUCGAGUGCGAUCGUGCUCUGCCUGGCAUUAGGCAUCGUACCCGAUCUGCUCGAGAUGUUCGAAGUGAUUGACUUUGAUGCGGAUUUCCGACGAAUUCUCGUUGGCGUACUGAUAGCGGAUAUGGUACUGGCGUACCUAAUCGAUCGCGUUUGUUCGUUUCUGUUUGGUGAAACGCGAGGAAAGACGGACAUUAUUACUUAAUACAGGUGGACACGGAAGUAGUAUCUGCUAUAAGCCGGCGAGAAAACGAAACAAAUAAGCACCCGCACGUACUGUGUGCGGUGUGUUGAUCUUACGUUUAGCGGGUUUAGUUUACGAAGGUGUCGAAAAGGAAUUAUUGUAAGUUUUUCGUUAGGAAAAGACAUGAUCGAUCAUCCGUUCAGUGGCCACCAGGUGGACUGAUCGUCUUUUUUUUUUUUGUUUCAUAUGGGAUAAUAGUCAACGAUACAUACUACUAAGGGUUUAGUGUUGAGCGAGAAUUCGAAUCAAUUCACUCAAUAGGUUCAGCAGGCAUAUUUAGAACAGUUUACCCUUAGUUGCAUUUACGUGCAGCGUCGGCUCACACGGUUCGUUCACCAUCACCGUGAGCUAGAAAAGUUUUAAUGUUGUUCCACCGUUUUUUUAAUGUUUUUCCACCACCAAAGGCAACAUUAGUUCAAUUUCGUUCUACCUUGCACUGGAACAGAGUAUUUGACCAAGCAAAAAAAAAAGAAGAAGCAUUUAAUACGAACCAACUGCAGAGCGAGCAUUUGUAAUCGAUUCCAAGCAAUUAUUCAUGUAAAUGCAAGGAAGAGGAAAGAACGUUUGUUUGCGAAAAAGACUUAUGCAAAACCAAACGUGUACGGCGGUGGUGGUGGUAUAUGUAAUUUUGCAAUUACGUCGCGAAAAAGUGCAAGAAAUGAUCGGUACUACUGGAAAUGAUAAGCUGAACUAAAAAAAAACAUGGGACGAAUGUCCCUUCUAAUGAAAACAGGCGACACAAUAGACUAAAA